GUAUAAGUUCGGGGCUUAGAAGGUAAUAUUUUCAUCUCCUCUCUAAUUCGCUUGAAGUACAACUACCGGGUCCCGGCGGGAUUUUCGUCGAACACCUAGCCUUCGUUAACAAAUGGCAGCUAGAAGAACAAUAAUCUUCGAGCCUCCAUUUCGACCUCAGGUCAGCCUGUCCAUCCCGCCGCCGGGGACACCACCCCCUCGAGCUUCUUCGUUUCCGUUGCGAUUGUUGUAUUAAGGUCCCCAAACAGGAGUGUUUGGGUAAAAAGAAUGUCGUUGAGGAAAAUCAUCAAACACCUUCCGUUCAGUGCAGCAUCCAGGUCGAGAUUCCUCCCUUCCCUCCGCUCUCUCUGCUCCCUCGCCACCACUCAACAAGACCCCAACUCUCUUCUCAAGGAAGACCCAGUUCAAAUCUGCAGUUCCCUCUGGGUCAAGUCCUUCUCGUCCCCGCCGGACGCCACGUUUCGCAACCUCACCGGCUUCCUCUCAAAGCUCGACCUGUGGGUUCUCGCUUAUCAGCGCUCCUGCGCCCAUGUGACCGGCACUUUCCCUCCUCGCAACGCCAUCCACUCCUACACCCUCCAUUCCUUACUGUCCCUUCGGGAUGCUGUGGUUCACAGCCGCUUCAAAUGGAGCGACAAGGCGCACCAGAUCAUCCGCAGCCCCAACGAGAAGCCGCACACCAAGCUCAUCUCCAAUAGGAAGCUCAAAGCGAUGCUUGAUUCCCCUGGUCCUUGUUUCCAGGACAGGGUGGUCCAGGAGGUGCUGCUCAUGGUGCUGGAGCCUUUCUUCGAAGCUCGAUUUUCGACCAAGUCGCAUGCUUUUCGUCCGGGAAGGAACGCCCAUACGGCAAUCAGGACCAUCAGAAGCAAUUUCGCUGGUUAUCUAUGGUUCUUAAAAGGUGAUGUGAGUGAAAUUUUCUCUCAAGUUGAUCCUAGUGUUGUGAUGGAAUCGGUGGCAAAGGUUAUCAAGGACAGGAAAGUAUUGAAUUUGGUAAGAAACGGGCUGAGAUCACCGUUUGUGAGCCAGCAUUCUCGAAACAGUGGCAACGAAGACCCUAAAAGGAAGAAAAAGAAGGAAACGAAGAAGAAAAUCUUGAGGGAAGGUGAGCCUAAACCUGAUCCCUACUGGUUGAGAACGUUCUACAAUUUCGCUCCCGAGGAAGCAGCGAAGGUACCUAACUAUGGUGCCUGUGGGAUUCUGAGUCCAUUGCUUGCAAAUGUGUGUCUUAAUGAGCUUGAUCAAACCAUGGAAGAGAUGAUAGUUGCUUUCUUUAAGCCCAACAAGCUCGACUCCAUCUGGAAAGAUUCGAUCGAUGAUGGCUGCCACAACCCCUCAUGGCCAGAGUUUGUACCUUCCAGUGGCAGAGAAAAGACUAGGAAGAUGGAUUACAUUCGGUAUGGUGGUCAUUUCUUGAUUGGCAUUCGAGGGCCAAGAGAAGAAGCAGUGCGGAUUAGAAAGCAGCUUAUUGACUUCUGUGAUACUAAGUAUGGGAUAAGGUUAGAUAACUCCAAAGUUGAGAUUCAGCACAUCAGCAGAGGAAUUCAGUUCCUCGAUCAUAUAAUCUGCCGUAGAGUGAUAUACCCUACGCUUCGUUACACUGCAAGUGGAGGACAAAUUGUGAGUUCAAAGGGUGUGGGAACUUUGCUAUCAGUUACAGCUAGUUUGCAGCAAUGCAUUCGCCAAUUCAGGCGGCUUUCCUUUGUUAAAGGUGAUAAGGACCCUGAGCCUUUGCCUUGUACGCCUAUGCUGUACUCGGGUCAGGCUCAUACUAAUGCUCAGAUGAAUAAAUUUCUUGAGACCAUGGCUGACUGGUAUAGGUAUGCUGAUAACAGGAAGAAGGUUGUUGGGUUUUGUGCAUAUGUGAUACGCAGCUCUUUGGCUAAACUUUAUGCUGCUAGGUAUAGGCUGAAAUCACGAGCUAAGGUAUACAAGAUUGCUUCAAGGAAUCUUAGCAGGCCAUUGAGGGAGUUUAGUAAUAAUUCAGCUCCCGAGUAUUCUGAUCUUCUGAGGAUGGGACUUGUUGAUGUAAUUCAAGGUGUUCAGUUCUCGCAUAUGUCUCUGAUCCCGUUCUGUGAUUAUACUCCAUUCCCCAGGAGCUGGAUUCCUGAUCAUGAACAGAUUUUGAGGGAGUAUAUCAAGUUAGACAAUCCGGAGUUCUUUUGUGACUUGCAUUUGUCAAUAAAACGUCAAAAGGGCUUGAGUUUGCCUCAGGAUCAGAUAUCUGAGGUUGUUUGGGAUUACAAGACACUUGGGAUAUGGAGGCACCAGUCGUCCGGUGAAAAACAAGAGAGGACGGAUACUGUCCAAGAAUCAGAUGAAUAAGUUUCUUGAGACCAUGGCUGACUGGUAUAGGCAUGCUGAUAAUAGGAAGAAGUUUGUUGGGUUUUGUGCAUAUGUGAUACGCAGCUCUUUGGCUAAACUUUAUGCUGCUAGGUAUAGGCUGAAAUCACGAACUAAGGUACUAAGGUAUACAAGAUUGCUUCGAGGAAUCUUAGCAAGCCAUUGAGGGAGUUUAGUAAUAAUUCAGCUCCCUGAGUAUUCUGAUCUACUGAGGAUGGGACUGGUUGAUGUUAGUUAUUCAAGGUGUUCAGUUCUCGCAUAUGUCUCUGAUCCCAUUCUGUGAUUAUACUCCAUUUCCCAGGAACUGGAUUCCUGAUCAUGAACAGAUUUUGAGGGAGUAUAUCAAUUUGGAAGAUCCAGAGUUCUUUUGUGAUUUGCAUUUGUCAAUAAAACGUCAGAAGGGCUUGAUUUUGCCUCAAGAUCAGAUAUCUGAGGUUGUUUGGGAUUACAAGACACUUGGAAUAUGGAGACACCAGUCGACGGGUGAAAAAGAAGAGAGGGAUACUGCUGUCCAAGAAUCGGAGGGGAAAACAUGAGUUCCUUCUGCUGACAUUAUGUGUAUCAAGAAUCAACCUCCAUGCCCUGCACAUAUCUGCACGACUGCUGUUAACAUGUUCAUGCCUCAGUGGUAUACAUCUCAACUGUCAAGCUGUGAAUGUCCGAUACUAAAUUGGUAAUAGUUCCAUUCUAAAUCCAUGAAUGUUUUUAAUGAUUCGUGUUUCGUUAAAUUUCUCAAGCAGAAUUUCACAUGGUUUCACCUCGUUAUCCACGAGCUAUCAAAGUCGGACACUAAUUCUUGAGAUAUUGCACGCCUCAUAGGAACUACCUUCAUAACUAGCUUGCAUCUUAAUAUCCAUGCAUAUUGCUUUACAAUAAUUCUAUGCUUCCAUUAAUAAGUUUGGCCACUACAAUUGGCAGAUUAUAACAAGGGCUUGAAGGAGAUUCUAGUUGGGAUGAAUGUUGGAAGUGGUGUGUAUUCUGGAAAUAGAAACCAUGCAGUGCUGGGGUAUUUCUAUUCAAAACAACUGUGUUUGAUGAUCUCUAUUUUUCUGCAAGCUGUUGUUGGCAAGAGAAGAGCUCUAAUACCGCCAUCUGUUUGGUAAUGUCGACAAGAAGCUUGAAACCGAUCCAGGUUAGCUAGCUAGUUCCUAGAGCCUUGCUGCAUUUUGGGUUUCUUGGAAAACGAUGUAUAAAAAAUAUCAGGUUAACUAUUGGCCAUGUUCUUCUGUCUAAACAGUUGCUGCAGUUUGGUCUUCGACUUCGCCCCUAUUGGCUCAUGCCAAGGAGGCCUCCCAUAUUUGCUGUGCAACUCUUGAAGGUCCUGUGAACUUCAAUGGGAAUUAAUUCUGCUUCCACCAUAGAUCCAGUCAUCGUCGAUAUCGCACAAGAGAACCAGAAACGUCGGAUUCUCCGCAAGUUCACAAGAUCGUAAGUCUCAUCAGUGGCCAAAGAACCCAUUAUGGAAUGGGAUGCAGGAAUCUUGGCGCCGUUCAUGAAACGGAGUCUUUUCGGUGUUGUUUCCCCUGUAUUUUGAUCCGAUUCUUCCAUGUAUUUCUGUGUUUUUUCCAGUACUCGACUGGCAAGUUCAGCGCCAGGCCAAUAUAUCGCACAAAAGUCA